UAGUCGCUGCCUGAGGCGAGGCGGCGCUGUAAUGGCGGCGGCCUCCUCUUCUUUCUCCUCAGCGGAGCCUCUGGUUUGCGAGCGGUUCCAUCCCCGGCACGACCCUCGCUGGCUCCUGGAGGGCUUGCCUUCGCCCUUGUGCUUGGCUUGCGCCCUUGAGACGCUGAAAGAGGACGGGGUUUCGCAAGUACGCAAGAAGCAUGUGCUCUUCUGCCUUCAAGAAGUUUUGUCUCGGAACACACCACUGGUCAUCCCACUGUUUGCACAAGAUGAAAGAGUAUGUGCUUAUUUCAUAACAACUUUGUUUGAGAUAUUACAAACUAUGGAAGACAGCAGUGCUCUGGAUUUGCCCAUUGAAAUUUUGGUGGUAUUGAUAAUGGAGCUGAAGUUGGAUCGCUACUUGCAUUAUUUACUGGAUGAAUGCCGGAAAGAGUUAUACAAGGUAACCACUGUAAGAGGUAGCUUACCCAUAUUUAUUCUUCUUGGAAAAUUGGCAGAUGCCAUCCCAAGUUUUGCUGAGGUAUUGGUUAUUGAACACAGUAACAUCAUGGAACAUCUGGCAUCUGGUUUGAAGUAUCCCAGUGAGAACAUAAAGACUGCUGUAUGUUAUCUUUAUGGCAAGCUGUAUUCUGUUCCCAGUGUUGCAGAGAGGCUGUCUGUACAUUUCACAGAGAGGCUGUGUGACCUUUUUCUGACUACUAUGAAGAAUGCACAGACCAAAGAACUGCAACUUAAUUGUAUAGGUUUGUUACAGCAGCUGCUGAAGUAUGGUUACUUUGUUUCUGUUAUUAUGAGUAAUUCAGGGAAAGGAGCAGAUUCUGCAAGCCCUGAGUUGUUUGAGGGAGACCGCCCAUUACCUUUAAUGCUUAAGAAGCUAUUAUUGUCAAGAGAUGAGAUAUUACAGGUAGCAAGUGCUCAAUGUAUAUCUGCGGUACUUGUGCAUUCUCCAGGAAAAUAUGCUCCUGCCUUUAUUCAUGCAGAUAUUCCAGAGUUCCUGUUUGAGUGUCUCUUCUGCAUGAGUGAAAUUCUCAUCUGGUCAAUUUAUUGCUGCCUACUGCUUCUGACUGAGGAACAGCUUUUCUUUUCCAAGUGCCACACUGUUUAUGGGAUUGAACCAAUUUUGAGGAGUCUGAAAGAAAUCUUGCUUCUUAAUAAUACAGAAUUACAAAAGCAGGGACUUCUGCUUUUCACUGAAAUAUUGAAAAGGCAGCCAGUAGAAAUAAAACUGUUUACAAAUAAUGCUCUCUUUAGAGAUGCCAUUAAUAUUCUUCUGGCAGCUGUAAAUUCUCCUGUUCUUGAAGUAGCAGGUGAAGCAAUGAAAGCUGCUACUGCAAUUCUGAGAAAGGAUCAUGUAAACUUUCCACCAAUAGAAUACGGAGAACUACAGAAGCUGGUUGAAGGUGUACUGAAACGCUGUAAUGAUCUGUCACUGGCACCUUUUAAUAGGAGGCUCAUGAGUCACCUAGGAGGCAGACAUCAGAACAAAGCAAUUUCACAGCAAGGGCAGUUCCUACAGAGUGCCUUGGAAAGCUUCAGAAAUGCUUGUAGGUUAGCUGUGGAAUGCCAGAAUGAUCCUCUGGCUCAGGAGAAUGCUUUCACUGCUCCCAACUCUGAGAAAAAAGAUACACUGAAAAGCUUCUCUGAGUUUCUACUGAGGAUGUCUGAUUCUCUUUGCAUUCCCAUAGUCAUGAAAUAUUCUGAAAGGGCUGUCCGUCCAUAUCUCAUGGAAGUCUUCAUCUCAACUCUCAACAUCUUAUUCAUUAUUAUGCCACAUAUUUGUAAGAUAUUCUCCAUUAAGUUAGCAACAUCUUCUUUCAUCAGACUAAACCUGGAACUAAAGGCCAAAUUCUGCACUGGGCAAAGUAACCCUGCUCUGAAUCAAGCGUGUUCAAGCUUUCUACAUAGCAUGUGCCUUAGUCUCCAUUCCUCCUCUGAGAAGAUGGUGGAUUCUUCACAAAAGGAUCAAGAAAUAUCUGAACUUCUUCAGAAGAGUCUGCCUGAGUUAAACUUUGGUGUACUGGAAAGCCUCAGCUUCUUAUCUGAAACUCCAGAUUCCUUCUGUUUAGAUGAAACUCUUCGCAGUCACCAGUAUAGCCUUCUGCUUCUUUUCUACUUUGCAUUUAGUCAAGAAGACAGGUUUGUUCCAGAAACACAGCUAUUCUCAGCUAUAAGAAGUUUCCUCCUGUCAGUACAGGACCAGGGAGACUGUCCACCCCCAUAUGUCUUCAAAGCUGUUUUGUACCUUCUAGCAUGCUGUCAGGACAAGACUGAAGCUUUAGACUUGGUUUCACUUGCUACUAUAAGGAGGAUCCUGGAUGCUAUAUCUGAUCUGAGCCUAGUAUAUGUCCACCAUCCUCUGAUGCUUAAAUUCUUUCUACACUAUCCUGAGCUUAUGAAAAGAUUUGGUCACUGUAUUCUCCAGCUCUGGUUUUCCUGUGAAGACUACAGCCAAAUUGAAUCUGAAGAUGCUGUUACAAGUGACUCUGCUGUUUUUCUGCAAUCCUUCCAUAGCUUAAAUAGUUUGCUCUCCAUGCUAAAAGGCAAUCUCAGUGCUCUACUUGUGUUGCUGGACCUUGUCUGCUUUGGCACUGGUGAAGUGGUUCACAAAGUCUUGAUUACAUUGAAGAUUUUUUUGAAACUAAAUGAGGAUAUUCAUGUCUGUGAUUUGCUUCGAAGCCAGUUUCUGCAGAUUCUGCAGAAGCUUCUAAUAGAAAAUAAUUCCAGCACUUUACCAGUUAACCAGACACUGCCACUUUCAUUAAACCUCCUCUUCCUGGUGCAAUUGAGGUAUGUAAUGGAGAGAGAGCUGGACAACACAGAUUUCAGAUUGCUUCAUUUGGUCAGCAAUUUGUCUGGAAAAUGCAACCCAAGUGAUCAUGAAAUUCUUCAACCAUCCCUAAAUUUCCUCUACUGGAGUCUUCAGCAGACAACACUUUCCAGUCGGCAAAGAGUGGUGGCAAUGUUAUUUUCCAAUGCACCUUUGCUUGAGCUACUUGAGAAAGUUCUCCAUUGCACUUGGAUGCCAGCCUCUUCAUCUGAACCUGCUUUCUCUGCAUCCAGUGAAGCACUGCUGUGCUCUGCUUGGUUGCUGACUGCUUCCCUCUUGAGUCAACAAAAUGCGUACAAUACAGAGGUUCAUCAUGUAAUCUGUCUGGAUGUGGACAAAUUCUUCAGUGCACUUGCAUUCAGGAAGGAGAAGCCCUUAUUAUUCUUUGUCAGCGUCCUUCAAUUUUUGAGAGCCUUCUUUAGGCAGACCCUCUGCUCCUCAUUUGUGAAAUUUGUUCAGCAAGGGAAGGAACUACCACAGUCAAAAGAGGAUGUCUCCUUGUAUCCACUGGCCUUGGACCAUGUACUGUCCUUGGUAAUCCAUCUACAGAACCUAUUGGUCCAGAGGGAUCUUUUGCUAUCACAAAGUGCCAUUGGCUGUCUUGAGGGCUUCCUGGCAUAUCUACAACCAAAGAAUCAGAGUAUUGCAUGCCAUAUUGCUUCACAACCAUGGAAUAAGUUCCUGCUGAUCACACUUCUGGAUGGUGGUGAAAAUUCCUUACUUCAACCAGAAAUUCUUAGACUGGUUACUUUAUUCAUGCAGUAUCAGAGAACCAGCAUUGUUUCACAUACUGAAAUUAGCCACAUACUAAAAAAAGCAGCAAAUACCAAAUUGAGAGACCUUUCUGAUGCCACAGUUAAUGCUCUUCGCUCCUUUCUUCUUCAGAUUCAAAGUGGAAAAUGUCAAAUGGAUUCAUCUCAAACAGUCUCAGUUGAAAUCUUGCUGGAGAGUCUCCCAUCCACAAACCACAGUCAUUCGACCCAUCAAGACAUGGUAUGUCUUGGAGGUGUGGCAGUCUGUCUCUCACAGAUCAGAAACUGAAAUAAAGAAACAAUACUGAGAAGAGCUCAUAACAAUGGAUUGAUAAGUAACUUGGCUUUGUAUUUUUGUGCCAGCCAGAAGGCUUAGAAAUAUAAUACUGUACAAGUGUUUAGAGCCUGCUCCAAAGGUGAUUUAGUAAUCUGUUCAGUAAUUGAAGCAUAAACUCCCUAAUUAAAAACUUAAAAUAUGUUUCCUGUUUUUCUUGGAAAUGGCUUAACUGAAGGGUGCAUUUAAUUUCACCUUACUGAGCUGGAAGAUAAUUUGCAAAUGGUACU